AUGACAGAAAAAGCAAAGGAUAUAACUUAUAAAAUUGUUAUUCCCGAAGAUUCUUCUGUCAAUGGAGAUGAAAUUUUAGAUAAUCAAAGUCUUAAAACAAGGCCAGGAGGAUUUUGUGGCGAAAAUUUGAUCGUCUGGCUUGUUGCUGAAUGGGGAGAGAAUGCGUCAUAUCUUGGAAAAGUUGUUUGGGAACCAACAGAGUUCCAAUGUGAACUAACUGUUAAAAAACUUGAACAUAAAAAACAGCAUUUUUCAACUGUUGAAAUAAAUCCAAAGCAAUACAAUCACAAAUCAGUCGUAAGGAAUCUUCAGGCAGCGGUUCCUCUUUCUGUUUCCCUUUUCCAUACUCCUGUUGCUGAAGCUCAAUUUACGAUCUGGAAAGACAACUACUCAACAAGAGUCACGUCGGCUCAACUUCAAAUUACUUUACCUGUCUCAUACAUCAGCACUUUCAGAGUUGAAACAGAUUCAAUUCUUAUCAAUUUAGAUUUUUCAAAUUCUCUCUGCAAGAUAGAUAGCUUCGACUUACGAUUUGCACCACAACUAAAAGUCAGUCUCUCUGAUUACGAAAAGGCCUUCGCCUUAAGAAGAGUUCCAAAUACCUCAACAUAUAUCCUUUCAAAUGCUUCGAGUGAAGCCAUUAAGCUCAUGAAGAGUAUCCAGUUGGCGCUCUCUGUUAUUUGGAAUAAUAAAACAAUGAUGUCGCAUUUCACGAUUGAACUUCCAAUUCCUGCAACUUCAGUUGGUUUGUUAUGGAUAGUACCACCACUGAAAAAGCUGAAGCAAACCCCACUGGCUGUCGAAGUUACAAAUAUCACAAAUAGCCCUGUUGAUGUAAAAAUCGAAUUAGAUGACAGGCCGUGCAUUCCGCUCGUUAAAACUGUUUCUAUCGACAAGUUAGAGCCGAACAAGAGAUGCGUCGUUGAUGUACCUUGCGUUCCUUGCGUUUCUGGAAUUCAUGAAUUAACAUAUCGUGUUAAGAUUGGUAAUGGCUGGUUUAAGCCUUUGUUUAAGACUAUGGUAAAUAUUGAAUAA